CAUGUACUUGUUCCUUUUUUCCGCUUCAUCUUCCCCACUAUUUCUUUCUCUCUCUCUCCUCUACGGCAGUUUUUCUUAUCACCCCAUUGCGGUUAUCUUGGAUUUGAGCUUCUUCGACGAUCAAUAUCUAUAUAAUAGAGGUGCAGAUUGAUUGGUUCUGCAAGAUCGAUCGUUGAGCUGAUUCUCCAAGCUGGGUUCGGUUUCUUUUCAGUUAAGUAACCGUCUUUAAUCUCUUCUCUUUUGGGUAUUCAUUGGUCCCCCACCAUUACUGGUCUGGUCUUCACUCCUGUGACCAGGGCGACUCUCUUUAUUAAGAAUAAUCUGGAUCAGGGUUUUUCGUUUUAUCGUAUAAAAUACCUAAACCUGAUGGAGGACAGCGGCGGGCAAGAGAAAUCUAUUGAAUUAGAAGCGGGGGGAAGUGGAUACGACGGGGAAUCGUUACGGAAUAUGAUGUCAUGUGAAACCUGCGGCAAAUCAUUUAGCUCACCAAAAGCUCUUGGAGGUCAUAUGAGAGUCCACGUGAAAGUUAAUAACAAUACCAAGAAGCUCAUGAAUCGGUCCCCUGUUGGACCCGGCAAUGCUGACGAAGAAUUGGAAACGAAACCGAUUUGUUUUGUUUGUGGGAAGAAUUUCCCAUCAAUGAAAUCUCUGUUCGGGCACAUGCGGUGCCAUCCGGAAAGACAAUAUCGAGGAAUUAAGCCCCCUGCUGAAAACAUGAACAUUAAGAUUAAGAAUACUAUGACAACUGAUCAUUCAUCUUCAUCUUCUUUUGAUGAAACUGGCUAUUCGGAUGAAAAGGUGCUUAUUAAUUGUAAUGUUGACCAACAUGAGUCUCAUGAUUUGAUCAUGUUGUCGGUUUUGCGUUGGCCAGUCACUGGGAAACGUGGUCGAAAAUUUCUCUCGAGCCCACAAACAACAACAAUGGAAGAAGAAGAAGAAGAAGAAGUGAAUGUUGAGGAUGAAAAUAAGCUUCUUGAAGCUGUUGAAGUUCUCUUGACGCUUGCCAAUAGCGAUCCAUUCUUGAUCUCUGAGGUAACCAACAGCAAUUCCUUAACAAUUAAUAAUACUAUCCAAUCGACAUCUGAUGAUCAUCAUGAAGAGAAAGAUGAUGUGGGUGGUUUCCAUGAAAAGUUAUUAGUAAGUAGCCCUGAAAUCGGUUCAAAGAGCUUCACCAAGGAAGAUGAUUAUCAGUCAGAGAUUAGAGUACCCAUUGAUCAAGAACAGGUGAUGAUUACCCAACAGAGAAAGAGAUUGUCGAAAAAGAAGAGGAAAUUGAUGGAGCUGGAUGAUAUUAAUGUCCCCCCAAUUACAUAUAAGCAACAUAUAAAUCAUGAUUCGAUGGAAAUAUUAAGAGCUGAUGAUCAUCAUCAAAAGUGCUUCAAGUGCAGCGAUUGUAAUAAGAUAUUCUCAACCCAUCAAGCAUUAGGUGGCCACAAAUCUGGCCACAACAAACACAUGAUCAAGAUUCAGAAUCAAACCAACUGCGACGAUCUGAUCACUAUGAACACCGGUGAUAAUAAUAAUAAAGAGUCAGGCGGCAAGAUACAGGUGGUACAGACUACUACGACAUCAACAAGCAGCAGCCCACAUCAAUGUAAAAGAUGCGGCAAGAUCUUUCCAACAGGUCAGGCACUUGGAGGUCAUAUGAGGAGCCAUUAUAUCGGAAAUCUGACUGAGGAAUUAUAUAAUUCCUCAACUGAAGCCAAUUUUCAUGGUCAGAUCGUCCGGAAAAUACAUGCUUUUGAUCUCAAUCAGCUCCCACCAAAUGAUGAUCAGGAGAACAUGAUCAAUUAGCUGCCAGGCCUUUGAUUCCUCCUCCUACAACAACUGGCUAUCUUGAUCAUCUCUUCAUCACAAAAUUUAUAUGGUUUUUGUCUAAUUCUUCAGCCGGUUGUUUUUUCUUCUGUAG